GGAUGGUCUCGAUCUCCUGACCUCGUGAUCCGCCCGUCUCGGCCUCCCAAAGUGCUGGGAUUACAGCCGUGAGCCACCGCGCCCGGCCGCGGUAGAGCCCUUUCAAUCAGGACAGAUGGAGCCUCUCGUAUAACCAUCACAGGCGCCCUACAAGAGAAGCGCGAUAAUGGCGGCCCCAUCUACCCAGUUACCCAAACCAAAAUCCCGGCGUCGCCCGCAGUCCCCUCCCUGGCGGCCUCGGAGACCUAGGGGGCAGGAGUGGGUGGGGCUUGAGGCUCGCCCGCAAUGAGGGAGAGAAAGCUUCGGGGGCGGCCCCGGAGCCCCGGUUCAGGAUUGGGCAGCCCGGCCGGGAAGGGGCGGCCUUCCCGCCCGGAAGGGGCGUGGCUCUUCAGAGGCGGCAAAUUGCAAGGAGACACCGCCGCCUUCAUGCUGCCCGCGGACUGCUCGCGCCGGCUGGUAGCCGAGCUGCAGGGCGCCCUGGACGCCUGCGCACAUCGACAGCUGCAACUGGAGCAGAGCCUGCGCGUCUGCCGUCGGCUGCUGCAGGCCUGGGAGCCAACCGGGACCUGGGCUUGGGAGCCACCUCCAGAGCCAGAAACUAAUGAAGAGGACCCCCUUCCAGCAUGCACACCCAGUCCACAAGACCUCAAAGAGUUGGAGUUUCUGACCCAGGCACUGGAGAAGGCUGUUCGGGUUCGAAGAGGCAUCACUAAGGCUGGAGAAAGAAACAAGGCCCCCAGCCUGAAACCUAGGUCCAUUGUCACCUCUCCUGGCACGACAGCCUCCACCCCACCCCAGUCCCCAGGCCAAGCUGGUGGCCAUGCUUCAGACAGGAGACCCACCAAGGGCCUCCGCCAGACCACAGUGCCUGCCAAGGGCCGCCCUGAGCGCCGGCUGCCGUCAUUGCGGGAUAGGACCCGUGCUGGGAUAGGAGCCCGAGCCCCCAGGCCUGGAGUGGGUCUCAGGAACCAGCAUAUGGCCCCAUCGGCUGCUCCUCAGGCCCCAGAAGCCUUCACACUCAAGGAAAAGGGGCACCUGCUGCGGCUGCCUGCGGCAUUCAGGAAAGCGGCUUCCCAGAACUCGAGCCUGUGGGCCCAGCUGAGUUCCAUGCAGACCAGUGAUUCCAUGGAUGCCGCUGCCGCCAAAACCCAGUUCCUCCGGAACAUACAGACAGCUUCAGGCGGGUCCCAGCCCAGGCUCAGUGCCGCGGAAGUGGAGGCGGAGGCGAGGCGCCUGCGGAAGGCCUGUUCACUGCUGAGACUACGUGUGAGGGAGGAACUCUCGGCAGCCCCCAUGGACUGGAUGCAGGAGUACCGCUGCCUGCUCACGCUGGAGGGCCUGCAGGCCAUGGUGGGCCAGUGUCUGCAGAAGCUGCAGGAACUGCGUGCAGCGGUGGCGGAACGGCCACCAUUACCGUGUCCUGUGGGGAGGCCCCCCAGAGCCUCGCCGUCCUGUGGGGGCGGAGCGGAGCCUACAUGGAGCCCCCAGCUGCUUGUCUACUCCAGCACCCAGGAGCUGCAGACCCUGGCGGCCCUCAAGCUGCGAGUGGCCGUGCUGGACCAGCAGAUCCACUUGGAAAAGGUGCUUCUGGAAGAGGAGAUGGGGGUGCAACAGAGGUCUGCAGCCUUGAGGAGGACCUGAGGGUCCUGAUGGCUGAACUCCUCCCCCUGGUAAGUGCUGCACAGCCGGAGGGGCCGUCCUGGCUGACCCUGUGCCGGGCUGCACACAGCCUGCUCUGCGAGGGAGGCGCACGUGUCCUCACCAUCCUGCGAGAUGAACCUGUGGACUGAGCCUUUCCCAUGCUGCACCCACCAGGCCUCAGGACCACCUGGGCGCUGGCCUGCCAGGGAGCAUCCCCUCAGCCCUGUUCAGAUGGGUAUUGGGAGUGUCUUCUCUGGCACUGUGCUUGGGGACCCAGAGAUGCCUGUGCUUCCCUGGGAGACCUGGUGAACUGGACCAGGUGGCCUCAGUGGCUCUUCUCAGGACAACUAAGCCUGCUGGUCAGGGCUGACUUUCAGCCUUCCCAAGGCUCCUGGACUCCAGAGGCCAGCGGGGAGCCUUUCCUGGCUCCCUCUGUUUUCUCUCAGUGUAAACCAAAGAGCUGCUUGUGUGAUAUUAAAGCCACUUUAGAAAGCAUUUGUACUUA